UUAAAUACGUUCUACCAUACAGAUCAGACAGAAUGUCUUCGAAAUCAGAAGCUCGUUUGUUCUCCCAGGCAAUAAAAUAUUAUAAAAUAGAGAAGGAUUUUUUAAUGCAAUGUAAACGUUGCGAAUACAGUACUAAAUAUGUGCCUAUUAACGAUUUUGAGAAACACAUGCGUAAAAAGCAUCAAAGUAUUCGUGAUUAUGAAGAGGAGAACAAGUGUAACGCGCACUGGGCAUAUUUUAUGCUAACAAAAGAAAAUAAAACAAAAUGUCUUGUAUGUGAUAAAAUCAAACGUAAAAUACCGCCAGAUAAUGUCUUAAAAUCUCAAAUCUUGGACAAUCACGCAAGAAAGCAUCCUGAUGAAGAAUUAAAACGCUACGAAGCACUAUAUUGGCCCUGGAAAUACUUGACACAAGAUGGAGAUUUUUCUGGAGAAUGUAAGCUUUGUAAAACAAAAGUAAACUUCCAGUUUGACGAAUCAUAUUAUGCAUUAUUAAAACAUCACUUCAAGAACGAACACAACAAAAGCAUAAAGUCACCUGCACAAAAGGUACAAUCUUGGAAAGCUCUAAGUGAAAGGAACAGUUGGUUAAAGGAAUGUUAUACAAAGACUGAAGAGAUUUUUCAAGCAAAAUGUAAAUUUUGCCUAAAUGAAAAAUUACUAUAUGUCCACAGCAAAUCGUUUAUCGAACACGUAAAGGAAAACCAUAAAAAUAUUCACCAGAUUGAAGAUUUUAUGAGCAAACAAAAAAAAGGUUUUGAUAGCUGGAAAUAUGUGCGGUGCAUAUUAGGAUACAAGGAUGAAAUAGAAGUGGAAUGUAUGCUUUGUCAAAAAUUUCUGCAAAAGGACAGCUUUAUAGAAGAUCACUUAAAAGAGCAUGUGGAUAACGAGCUAGAACUCUAUGAAUCUCAAUACAAAUAUUAUAAAACAUUGAAACUUUGGCCACUUAAAUACUUGAGACAAGAUGGAGAUUCUGCGAUAUGUACGAUUUGUAAAAAAAAUGUAAACUUUUAUUGUGAUGUGAGCUAUUUGAAAGAACACAUGAUGAAAGUACAUCCAGACAAUUGGAAAAGAACAAGUCAAAAAGAUUUGAUGUAAGGAACAACACACGAUCAAAUUAACAGACCAAGCAAGCUGAAAAAAAAAUUAUCAUUUAUCUACAUAGAGUUCGACAACGGAAAUGAUAGUAGCGUCUCAUGGCCAGCAAUAACGACAGUCUUGACUUCGACCUGAAUGUUUUGGGAUAUACUUAUGAAGAUAUUGGCAUAUAAUUUGACGUAUUUGUUGCAUAACUCAGCAAUGAUUUUUCUAUAGUGACGAAUCUUCGAGUGACGUACUCAUUACAUACACAAUAAGAAAAACAAAAAUCAGACAACUAGUACUUGUUUUAAAUAUCUGUCACAAAUGUUUAUGUAUUUCAUCGAAUCGCGUUCUGCAGCUUAAAAUAAAUACAAUGUGUACGUCACUCAAUAUUUGAAGAAGAAACCAUUAGAUUAUAUAUUUUCAAUUAGAUAUAAAAAUGUCACUUUUUUGUAAUAACAGUAUUUUCAUGAUAAAGACGUCAGAAUCCUUAGCAAAACUAAGAACUUACACAACUAUUUUAAGAAAGAACUAGAGGAUUAUGUAUUUCACAGUUGGGCACAGAAAUCUUGCUUUUUUGUGCAUAAGAAAACAAUAAUUUCCAAAUCCAUGUAUAAAAUAUAUAUUCCUUUAGUUCCUUUUUACAAUGCUUGUGUGAAUAAUUUUUGACAAGCUCGGACGUCUACAUUUUAUAUGACUUUAUGAAAUAAUUUUGAAUAAUCAUGUAAAAGGUAGAAAUUAUUGGUAAAUAUGCAAGAAACAAACUUAUAGUAUUAUUAAAGAUUAAAACUAAAGAGCGACUAUGACAAUUUUAUAUAAAAUUACCGAAUAUUCGAGCAAAUGCGUGUCUUGCAAAAAUAAAUAUUAUUACAUUAAAUUUUUUAAUAUUCGUAAACAUGUAGAAAAAGCGUAUACAAAAAUUUUUUAAAUAUAAAUAAAGGUGUAUCUAAAAUAUAAAUAAGGUGAAAAAAAUCGGCACGUACUUCUGCAAUAAAUGUAUCAAUUGCAUUAUA